AUGAUUACCUACCUAUUUCAUACCUAUUUAUUAAGAAAAUGCUUUCUUAAAAGUUUUAUUUCUAUACUAUUAUUUGCAGAUUUAAAUGUAGAUUCCAAAGAGAGUGGACACUGUGAAAAUAAAUUAUCCUUUAAAGAAGAUUUCGAUUCACAUGUCCCCACUUCUGUCGUCCAAUCAUCUUCAGAAAUAAAAUCAACAUCAAUUAUAGAAACUGCAGAAUUGAUGAAAAAGUCAGUUUUUUUGAGUCCAACUUUUAUUUCCAACAAUACAAGUGUUAUCCAAGGAGAAAUAGAGAUCGUUGGAAAUGUUGUAGAAGGCACAGAAGUUAGUGCUGGACUUGUUAAUGAUGAAAAUAUAAUUGAAAAAGCUGAAGAAGUGUCCAUAGACAUGCACCGAGAACAUAUAUCUUUGUCUAACGUACAAAAAUUGAGUCCAAAUUCCUCAAAUAUUCAGGAGAAUAAACAAUGUGAUCAGAUUUUCAAUGGGAAUAUUAAAAUGCACGAUCUCGAAAUGCAAACACUUAUUGAUGAUCACGCAGAUGAAGCCUAUUCUUCUGAUUGCAGUAGCAGUAAUAUUGCAUGUUCUGUCAAACAUGAUUUAAGUAAAUCCAAUAUAAAUAAAAUUAAUAUAAUUUCAGAGGAAAUAAUUUAUCCAUCCCAGUUUUAUAAAUUAAAAAAUAAUUAUUUACCAAAAGAAAUUUCAUUUAUUCAUGUUCCGAUAAACACUACGAUAAAAAGUAACAAUAAAAACAGCGUUCGACAAGACGAUUUAACUGUGGAUUUAAUACCAAAUGAAAUUGGAAAUGUUGAACCAGCUGAAAUGGCUGGUGUUAAUGAAUGUAACAUGUUUGAGGAGAAUUCUAGAAAAGAAGAUCACGUUUCCAAGGAAGAUUUUGAAAUUUUACAGAAUAUAAACAAAAUGGACCUGUGCACUGUUUUGAACGCAACUGAAUCCGAGUUCAUAAUGACAAUUCAAAAUGAGGUAGACCCUCGACAAAAUCUUGAAGUAUUACCAAUUCCACACAAAAAAGAAGUGAUUAUAGAUGACCAAGUGGCAAUUGAUACUGCUAUAGUUGUACCGUGUCAUAUUGAUUUUGUGGACGAAAGUAAUUUAAUGUUAGAGCGGAAAAAUAUUAGUACACAUAGAAAUAUAUGUUAUGAGCAUGGUGAUAAUGCAGUUAUAGAAUAUUUUGAAGUAAAUGCAAGUUUCUCUAGAAAUCACAAAAAUAAUGAAGUUAUUUUAACUAAUGCCAUUUCAAAUGAAAAUAAAUCUGAUAUGUUGCUGGAUAAAAAUAAUGCAACGCCGCAUGUUAUUGAAGCUGUAACUGAAAUUCAAACUUCGCCUGGAAAUCAAUACUCUCUAAUGAAAGCUGGUUCACAAAGUGAAUAUACGCCUUCUGAUAGGGACAAUUGCGAGGAUGCACUUGACAUUAGGACGGAUGCUAACAUAUCGGAAAAUAAUAAUGUUGAACUACAGAGUACACUGCAAAACGGAGACGCCGAUUUAAUAAACACUGAUAAGAAUAUUUCUUUCACGGAUGAUCGGGAUGAUGGACAGGUUUCGUUUCGUAAAUCAGUCAAAAACAAUGUAAUGAAAAGUGAAGGUAAAUGUCGACGGCGAUCUAAAUCAACACGGAAAACCUCCGACGAAAAUAAAGCCAGCAAUCCUAUAGAAACUUCAGUAAUAAGUAAACACAAGCAGGACAAAAACAAUGGCGCUCAAGGAACACCUACAGGAAGUCCCAUUGUAUAUUUCAAACAUUAUAAGAAGCAAGUUUGUGAAAAAAACGAACUUGUUGAAAACCGAAAUGAACAACAAAAUAGCAAGAAUACUCCUGAUGAAUGUAAAGAUAAUGGUUCUCGAGAGAGCAAUAAAUUGGAUCUUCACCACAUGAAUAAAGCUGCUGUUCAUGAGGACCAAAUUAAAGAAAUUGCUAAAUACUUAAGCGAAUUUGCUAACUUAAAAAAGAGAAAUCAUUUUAUGGAUAGGAAUAAAACGGUUGGUGGUAACGCAGUGAGUAAUACGAAAAACAUCACCUAUUCGAAAUCGUCCAUUCAAGGUGUUGAAAAACCGGGUGGUUCAGGAAUAACCAAUAAGAUUCAAAAUUACCCGCCUACUAAAACGUAUGAACGUAGAGGUAGACAGGGCUGGAAAAAUAUUCAUCUGUCUACCUUUAAAGGUUCUAAAACAUCUACCCACUCCAUAGACCUGCCUGAUAGUAGAACUACUAAUAUUUGUAAUGAAAUAGAAGUAUGUCUUUGCCAUGAUUUUGGCCGAUUAAUGUCAUAUGAUGAUGUAAACAGUUAUGAACAUAUUCAUUUCUGGAAUAAUCCAAGGAUGGAAUGUACGCCUGAUCUCAUAUUUAGUAUUUAUAGUGAAGAUGCUGCUCCUGUAACCAUUGAUGAGGAUAUAAAAGACUAUCCUAUUGAUGUUUGCGAUGAUAUCCCUUAUAGAUUGUGUUGGAACCAAAUUAAACCUAUCAAUAAAAAGGAAACAGAAAACAAUGUUACAUCAAGGGUUAUCGAGAAUAUAAGGGAGAACGACAAUGAAAACCAGGAAGCUGAAAAGGAACACAUGGUUGAAAAUACAAUGCUGACUGUAAAUAUCUUACAAAACUGCGAAGGGAUACCAAAUGAUAAAGAUGAACCUUGUGCAAAAACGGGACAGAAGCGAAAACGUUCUUCUCUCGUUCCGCCCGAUAAUGGCGAACCACCAGCGAAAAAUAAAAACCAAGGAACGCCUAUACAGUUACCGGAAGCGAAAGAAACACAUGCCUAUAUUGAGGAGCAACAUACUUCAACGAAGUCUGUGAAGAACAUUCCUGUUAAAAACAGCCCUCUAAAAGACUCCUCCUGUGGGAGUACGACACUUUUUGCAACUGGAGAACAUCAUACAGGGGCAUGCACUCCAGCAAAUGACACUACAACUGAACAUUUUGAUCCGCCAUCAACUUCGGUAAAUGAGGUCAAAAUUCACUGUCGACUAAAGACUCAACUGUCAACAGAGAAUGAAAAUAAGCCUAUCAUUUGUGGUGUUUGCCAAUUAAGUGUUGAAGGCGAUUGGAUACAGCACAUCUCUUCAAAACAUGAUUAUCUGGCUUGGAAAUCAGGAGAACCGUCCUUGGAUGUCCACGAUGAGGUUGCGGUUCGUGAACACUUGAACUUGAUCACGAAGACGGGUUGUGGACUCACGUGCGCUAAAUGCGGACUCACUAGAAAAUAUGUAAAAGCAUACUUGAGCCACGUGAGAAGAUGCUUGGGGUCAAAAACCGAUUGUUCAUCUGAACUGCGGACCCAUGAGGAACUAGUAGAAUCUAGUGUUAAAAUGAAGGAACCGCCUGCCGACGACCGAGCCGGCCAUGUGAUAUGUGGCGUGUGUGAAGAAUCUAUGCAGGACUCUGAAUGGAAUGAGCAUAGAGCAUCUCGACAUGACUAUCUUGCUUGGAAAUGUGGAGAAUUACCUUUGGAUGUGCGAGAUGAGGCCGCAGUUAAAGCACACUUGUAUGAGAUAACGAAGGCGUGUGGCGGCCUGACAUGCGCUAAAUGUGGACUCACCAGGAAAUAUGUCAAAGCUUACUUGAGCCAUGUUCGAAACUGCACUGGGCUGAGCGAGUCUCAAAACGAUAGCGCAUACAACGUCUCAUCGGAGGUUAUCCUGAAAGUGGAAUCUAGUCCUGUUACUGAAGUAACUGUCGCCAAUGUAGCAGAUACGAAUACUGGUCCAAUAAAAUGUGGAGUGUGUGAGGAAUCGGUACAGACGGAAGACUGGAAUCAUCACAUAGGCUCACGACACAACUACUUGGUAUGGGAACAUGGAAAUACGCCUUUGGAUAUAUAUGAUGAGGAGGCAGUUCGAAAUCACUUGUACGAGAUCAGCAAGGCAUGUGGCGGCCUCACCUGCUCUAAAUGUGGACUAACCAGAAAAUAUGUUAAAGCCUACAUGAGUCAUAUUAAGAGCUGCAGUGGACUUAACCAGUCCCAAAAUGAUAGUACAUAUAACGUAUUAUUCGAUGAAGUGAAGUUACCCGAAAAGUCUAGUGAUACAAAACUUGCAACUAAAAUAGCAAAUGCGAAUGACAUGGUUAAAUGCGCGCUUUGUGAAGAAUCUAUGCGAGAAAAAGAUUGGAUUAGCCACAUAGCCUCACAACACGAUUACUUAGCAUGGAAAGUUGGAGAUACAGCUUUGGAUGUGCAAGAUGACGUCGCCGUGAAAGACCACUUGUAUGAAAUCACGCACACAUGUGGCGGGCUCACGUGCUCAAAAUGUGGACUCACCAGAAAAUACGUCAAAGCUUAUUUAACUCAUUUCAAAAACUGCAGUGGGGUUGAUGAAUCACAGAAUACCAGUGCUUGCAACACCUCAACCGAGAAGUCUGGUCUGGACGUGGUUGAAUUUGCUAACAGUUCUACAAGCAAUCACAAAGUACACGAGUCCCUAGUAAAAUGUGGUGUUUGCUCGCAGGAUGUUCAAGAAACAGAGUGGAACACUCAUAUAGGAUUUCUUCAUAAUUAUCUGGCUUGGAAAUGUGGAGAGGAGAGUUUGGAUGUGGCCGAUGAGGAAACAGUCCAGAAGCACUUGGUAAACAUCAAAAAGGAGACCGGUGCCCUGACGUGUGCGAAAUGCUGCAAAAAUGUCAAAACUGUAAAAAAAUACAUGAGACACGUUGAGACAUGCGAAGGAAUAAAUAGUAGUGAUUUGAAAGACAGCACUCUGGAUCUAGUGGUAGAGAGACAAGUGGAGGCGCUAACAACAACAGCAGACUCCGCGCUGGUGAAGUGUGGGGUGUGCGGGCAGUACUCGGCGCACGCCGACUGGACGCAACACAUAGCCGCCAGUCACGGAUAUGUGGCUUGGAAAGACGGCGAACCUCCUUUAAAUAUAAACGACGAAGAGGAAGUACGAGUACACUUGCGUAAUAUUAUUAUUGAAAUCGGAACUCUGACCUGUCAGAAAUGUGAACUGCCGUGCAAAUCUGUUAAGUCCUACUUACAUCAUGUGAAAAUUUGCGAGGGCAUAAAGGUUUGUGAAACUUUAAAUGAGGAGACCGAAAAUAAAUCUGCACUGCCAAAAAUUGAAAAAGCGAAUACUUUUAAAUGUGGAGUAUGUAACGAUGUUGUAAUUAGUUUACUGUGGGGAAAGCAUUUGUCUGAAAUGCACGAUUACCUCGCUUGGAAGGAGGGGGAUGCUCCUUUGGACGUGGACGACGAAGAAGAGGUUCAUCAACAUUUGUCCAAUUGCACUAAAGAAUUUGGAAGUUUGUACUGCAAAUACUGUGGAAAAAAUCGAAAAUACGCGAAAUCCUUUAUGGAACACAUAAAGGCCUGCAAAAUUGGUGGUAUAAGGGAAAGAGCCCCAGCUACCGUUGUUGAUUUCGACGAUAUAGACUUCGCUAGCGGCGGAACCUGCGGCGUCUGUGAAAAGGAAGUGGAGCCCGGCAAAUGGAUACAGCACACGCAGAAAGAACACAACUACCUAGCAUGGAGAAAAGGAGAGAGGCCUUGGAACUUGGACGAUUUUGAAGACGUGAACCAGUAUUUGUACGUAAUCUGCAAAAGGAUGGAUGGUUUAACUUGUAACAAGUGUGGAUUAGUGAGAAAAUAUGUGAAAACUUAUUUGACACACAUAAAAAAUUGUGAUGUUAUCGACACGUCAGUUGCGGAAGGAAUCGGGCCUUCGAAUAAAGAUGAAAAUCAGUGCGCCAUGUGUAAAGAAGUGGUAAAGACGAAAGAUUGGAAAACUCACGCUAUAGAAAAUCAUUACAAUAUAACUUGGAUAGUCGGCGAAACUCCUAUUGACAUCAAAAACGUUUACGCUGUAGAGAGAUUUCUAAAAGAAUAUAAACAAAUAAAGGGUAAUUUAAAGUGUAACGCGUGCGGCACCACUCGAGCGUCCUUUGCUGGCUUUUAUGCGCACAUCAUAAUAUGUAGAAAAACGGAGGAGGAAAUAGACAUGUAUCGAUCCCUGUGUGAUAUAUGUAAUAAUAAAUAUCUCUGCAUAUAUAAGAAUCAGCACGCAAUGAUGCACAGGGUACAAACGCUCACAGCGGAGGCCAAAAUAAAACCAAUUGAGGACAAGAAAGACAUUAUUGUAUCGGGCAAGAGGCGCGCUGCUGUGAAGGCGCGGUCAGUAAUUGAAAACUAUAGUGACAACAUGAGUAAGCAUUCACAUUCGUGUAAGGCAUGUGGAUUUGGUACGGAUUUCAAAGAGGAACUACAGAAGCACAAAUGCGAAGUGUCGAAAGACUUCAGUGGAGACGAGGAGUCGGCCGCCGAGAUAGGGAGCUCAGAGGACGAAUCGGAAGAUACAGACGUCGAUUCCAAUAUUUCGAAUGAAGUAAAUGACUGUGGAGACGACGAUGAUGAUGAUGCCGAGCUUCAAGCGAAAAAGAAACGGUAUAGAGAUCCUGCGCCAUUGUUGUCGAAAGUGACACGUAUUCCCUUCAAAGUUGAUGAUGUCAAUUCAUAUAUACGCAAGGGCGAUGAAGAUUUUUGUAAAACUUAUUUGACUGAUGAAGUAUUGUUUCCUCGAUGGCAAUGUCAACACGAACCCGUACUCGAAUCUGAAGUGACGAGAUACAUGCCACCACUGGAGCACUCUUGUAAAUUCAAAACUGAUUCCGCUUGGACAACUUUGAAGAGAUUCCAAGCUUUAAAGGACGACUGUAGUACCAGUAUAUUCGUGGGUGCAAGCAUAGUGUGUAUUGCCUGGGUGCCGCCCCGAGUAGAGGAUAUGUCUGACGGGGCGUCCAACUUCCUGGCUAUAGCUUGCCACAACGGGCCGGACUGCCCGCGUUACCAAGGCGGAGAAACGCCGAAACACGAAAAUCUAAUACAAAUAUGGAGUUUCAACAAGUUUCGAGGAUUACCGGAGAUAGUGUUGGGUAUAGCACACGACUUCGGGACGGUUUGGUCGAUGGACUGGUGUCCGUCGGGCGCGAGGGACGCCUUGACGGCCGAGAGCGCGGAGAACGCGUCGAGUCGUCUAGGGCUGCUCGCGGUGGCGUGCUCCAGCGGAUCCGUCUAUAUUUUUGCUAUUCCCUAUCCGUCCACUGUAGUUAAGAAUAAUCAAAUUGUCCAGAAACUGAAACCAGUUGCGGAGUUAAGAAUGACUAUGGGCAGUAACAGAAAACCAUAUCAGGCAACUUCUGUUUCCUGGUCUAAACAAAAACAACAUAAUCUAGUGUUAGUCGGUUACGCGGAUGGUUCAACGGCCUAUUAUGAUUUGCAUACCGACUCGCCAUUGUUGUCGGCGGUAGAAAAUAACGUUCAAGUGUUUCACCCGUAUUACGACGAACGACCACACAACACCUGCAUUACAGGUACGGAUCUGUAUCCGGUGUCCGGUGAUACGGCCGGAUCUGGCAGCGGCGCGUGGUCGGCGCCGACCGGCGCGGAGCUGGCGGCGCGCGCCGGCACGGGCGCGCCGGGCCGCGCGCGGCUGGCCACCGCCUCGCUCGGCGUCGCGUUCGCGCCCCACGCCUGCACCGCCGUCAUUUCUGGAGACGACGCCAUCAUGCAAGCGUCUGUGAGCGAGCUGGUGUGGGUGCCGCCGGGGCGGCGCUUGGGCGGCACGCGCUGCGCGGCCGGCUGCGCGCGCUGCGGCCGCGUGGUCGCGUCCAUGCCGCCUACUCUGCGCAUCAUGCGCAUGCACCCCUCCUUCUGCGACGCCAAGAAGCAGGUUAUUGGAAUGUUAGAAAUGACACACCUCGCGAAGAAGAGAACGAAACAAGUCAACGAUGAGCUGUCUAUGACCAUAGAACCCUUGACUUAUGGUGACGCUGUCAGCAAAUAUGGAAUCGCGUUCACGAGAAUCGCCAAAAGUGAUAGGGUAAUGCAACAGCAAUGUUCGGCGAAGCCAAAGACGCAUUGCCCGGAGAGAUUCCCUCUAGCAGAUGUUGAGUCCAUGGCCUUCUGCCCGUCCAAAAAGUUCCAUGACAAACUGGCAAUUGCCACACACUCUGGUAUACUGUUCCUAAUUACCACAAACUAACAUGAUGAUAUUUUAAUUGUUGUUGUCACCAAGAGUUAGU